AAUUACCAAGUGAUAUAAUCCAGUAGAGGAGCAUAUCCUUGCCUUUGUAUUGUAUGAUUCUCCCCCGUAUAUGCCAUUACCGGUAACAGUUACAGGAUGUUGCGAGUGGCGCUUAGCCUUCACGCGUUCUCAACUCGCGGCGUUUUCUCCACGCGCCUCAGUUCCUCCUCAUUCUUCCUCCUUCACAGGAAUAUACAUAUUAUUUCACCGUCGCUGCUGGAUGCAAAUGUAAUAAACUUUACUAAUUACCAUAACGACAACAACCGUCGAGUUCGAGUUAGAAGAAGAACCAUAUGGACUUCCACUCCUCUUUGUAUGGGCAGACGUUCCUGCAAAAUCGCCGGUCGAAAGGAAGCCAACAAUGCAAAGAAGAUGAAACUAUACUCAAGGAUUGGAAAGGAAGUCGUGUCUGCAGUAAAGAAAGGCGGUCCUAAUGUAACAUCAAAUUCAGCCUUGGCUGCUGUACUAGAAAAAGUAAAGGAGCUUGAUGUGCCAAAAGAUAUUGUCGAGCGCAACAUCAAGAAAGCAACCGAGAAGGGGCAAGAGGAUUAUAUUGAGAAAAUUUAUGAGGUUUAUGGCUAUGGAGGAGUUAGUAUGGUAGUUGAGGUAUCAACUGAUAAGAUAACUCGUUCUGUGGCAAAGAUUAGAGAAGUGAUAAAGGACUAUGGAGGAAAGAUGGCAGAUUCUGGGUCUGUGUUAUUUAAGUUUAGACGUGCUCGGGUAGUAAGUAUUAAAGUCACUAAUGCUGACAAAGAUCAUCUGCUUGGCAUUGCUUUAGACGCUGGCGCGGAGGAUGUAAUUGAUCCUCCAACUUAUGAAGAUGAUACUGAAGAGGAUAGGUCAGAAAGGUAUUAUAAAAUUGUUGGUUCUUCAGAGAACUAUUCAUCUAUACUAUCGAAGUUGCGAGAGGAGGGCAUAGAGUUUGAGCCUGAUAAUGGUUCUGAGCUUCUUCCAAAUACUACAAUUGAGGUAGAUGACGAGGCUAUGGACUUGAACAAGGAACUUAUGAGCAAAUUACUUGAGCUCGAUGAUGUUGAUGCUGUUUAUACAGACCAGAAAUAGUAAUUUUUAUAUCUUUAAGCUGGUCAGCUGACAAAUCUAGGUUAUUCUGAUACUUGGAAUCCAUAUCACAUUAUUUAUCUGGUCCAUUUGCAAGAUGCAAAGUCGGUUCAAAAUAUUAUUAGGGAUUCCUCCAUCAAACAGUUAUUUACCAGAUAUGCAGAUCCGGCUCGUGUAGUGUCUAAUCUGUUUUUUUUUUUCCUUUGCCAGGGUAGCCAGAAGCAUGUUUUCUGGGAAGGGAAUUUCAUUUUGAAUUUUUGAUUCAUAAUUGAGGUUAUUUAAGUCAUUUGUUGUCUUUUUUUUUUUUUAGAGGAAAUCAUUUGUUGGCUUAAUGAUACAAGGAAUUGAACGCUUCAAUAAAAAUAAAAUUGGAAAAAAAAAAUCCAAUAGUAACAAAAGAAGUUAAAAUUGUUUCCUUCUGGUUGGGUUUGUUGAUUC